GUCAGCCCUAAGAGGUCGGGGUGCUAGUUCUCCGGCGUUUACUGCGUCUCCUGCCGGCAGUAACCAACCCGGCAGUUUGAGCGCACAAAGCCCCAGCCUGCCACCCGCUGCGUCUGUGCUUCAGCUUCUGCCGCCUGUGGGUCCCACGUGCCAGGGACUUUUACUGCCCCCACACGCCGCUUCACUCCACGUGUGUCCUGAAGAAAGGAGACCUGCUCCCGGUACUUUGCACAGCAAGAAUACAGCAAUCAUUAGCAGGACCACCAGGAAGCUCAAGCUUGCUUAUGCAGAGUGUAGUUCUCAUCAAACCUAAAACCAUCAAGAGGACCACAGCUGUCCUUCUCAUGCCUUGCUGAGACAGACCAUCUGCUGUGACCUUGUCAGCCAGCUGAAGUUGCCUUGGCCUCGUCACAUGGGUGAUGAUAACAUUUGAAGACCUAGCUGUGUACUUCACCUGGGAAGAAUGGCAGAAUAUGAACAAAGCUCAGAAUGCUAGAAACUUACAGCAGUCUGGUCUCCUUGGGACAAUGCAUUAGCAAACCUGACUUGAUCUUCAAGUUGGAGCAAGGUGCAGAGCCAUGGAUGAUGGAAGAAUGUCUAAAUCAGAGCCUUCCAGUUUCCAUGAAAAGGGGUGACCUGUCUAGGAUCGACCAGGAAAGGACAAAAAUCUGAAUCAGAAUGUAAUGAAAAAUAAUAAGACAUCAACUCCCAAGAAAGCUGAAUUAAGAAAAAUGUUUAAUUUAAGUUCAAGCCAUAUUCCAAAACUGAUUAUUGAAAAGAGAAAUAGUGAGCAUGGAAAAGCUGCUUUCCAGAAAUCAUACCUCAUCAUACAUCAGAAAAUUCACACAGAGGUUAAACCUCAUAAAUGUGAUGACUGUGGAAAAGCCUUUGGCCACAAAUCAGACCUCAUCAAACAUCAGAGAAUUCACACAGGGGAGAAACCUUAUGAAUGUAAUGACUGUGGAAAAGGCUUUGCAGCUAAGUCAGACCUCAUCAAAUGUCAGAGAAUUCACACAGGGGAGAAACCUUAUGAAUGUAGUGACUGUGGAAAAGCCUUUGGCCAUAAAUCACAGCUCACCAAACACCAGAGAAUUCACACAGGUGAGAAACCUUAUGAAUGUAAUGAUUGUGGAAAAGCCUUUGGCCAGAAGUCACAACUCACCGAUCGUCAGAGAAUUCACACAGGGGAGAAACCUUAUGAAUGUAAUGACUGUGGAAAAGCCUUUGGCCACAAGUCAGACCUUAUCAAACAUCACAUAAUUCACACAGGUGAGAAACCUUAUGAAUGUAAUGAAUGUGGAAAAGCCUUUGUCCAAAAGUCACAACUCAUUAAUCAUCAGAGAAUUCACACAGGUGAGAAACCUUAUGAAUGUAAUGAAUGUGGAAAAGCCUUUGUCCAAAAGUCACAACUCAUUAAUCAUCAGAGAAUUCACACAGGGGAGAAACCUUAUGAAUGUAGUGACUGUGGAAAAGCCUUUGCAGCUAAGUCGGACCUCAUGAAACAUCAUAGAAUUCACACAGGGGAGAAACCUUAUGAAUGUAAUGACUUUGGAAAAGCCUUUGUACAGAAGUCACAACUCAUUGAUCAUCAGAGAAUUCACACAGGCAGAGUGGACAGAGAGAGAGAGAGAAAGGUCUUCCUUUGCCAUUGGUUCACCCUCCAAUGGCCACCACGGCUGGCAUGCUGCAGCUGGUGCACCACACUGAUCCAAAGGCAGGAGGCAGGUGCUCGGCCCCAGUUGCUGUACCGUGGGAUGGGACAACUGGCGCCCAACGUGGGGCUCAAGUGUGGCCAUUGGGGUUCGAGUGCCUGUAAGAUUGGAGGAAUGCCACUUUCCAGGAGAAAAACUUGGAUCCAAGUGAUUGUGCGACCGGCUCGGAACUGCCCACCCAAGAUCAUUAGCAUCGGUCGACACUGCAGAGUGAAGAUGGUGCAAGGAAUGAAAAGACCCGGCUGGAUGCUACUGGGACUCAUUACAGGACUCCUUGUUAUUGUCGGCAUUGUUGCCAUUGUUGCUAUUGUGUAUCUUCUCUUCUAUUCUCUCCUCCCCUGCCACAUUUUCUGAGGGCUCA